CUAGAUCAUCUGGGCCGUCUCUCGCACUAUCUGAUCGAGAAGUCAUCAUCUUUAUAUAGCGAUCUCGCGUCGUCAUCUGGAAGAAUUCAAAAGUACCUUGCAUUGCUCAUGUGCGAUCGAAGAACAGCCUAUCAAAUCAUUACGCUGAUUCCAUGGACGAGCCGGUCCCAGCGGACAAUCGCCUUCGGGCUCUGCGGAAGAAGGACCAGAAGAAGGACCAAGAGAAACGGCAGACCCGCAAAGGGCUAAAGAACAAGGACACCUCUCAUGAAAUGCUGACGCGAGAGGCCGAGAGCCUCGAAAAGCGGCAGUGGCGGAGGAGGCAGAGGUGAAAUGGAAGCGCGAGAAAGCUGCGGAGAUGCGGCAGAAGGCUGAGGCUCAGAGCAAGGGACUCCUCCUGCCCGGUUAUGGACUCCCAAGUGUAUGGCGAAUUUUCCCAUUGGGGCGCAGCCCGCUACUUUGCUACCUAUGCAAGAUUCGCUUUAUCCGUAUAUGCAAAACACCACAAAUACUCCAAAGGAGGUUGUUGCAGCGCCGCAGGCGAAGAUCUCAUCCGGGCAAUGGUUUCAACUACCGAAGCAAGGUAUUUCAGCGCUUGAUCUACUUGAAUUAUCGUCCUUUGUUCCAGGCCCAUCUAUUGACUAGCAUGAAUUGGGAUACUAUUCUCAGGUUUGGAAACUAUCUAACCAACCUCUUCUGCUGCUGCAUGACCAAUAUUACAUCGGUCCAUUCUUUCUCUCAUUCGGUACGAGCAAUCAUGCAGAGAAUUGUGGCUUCGAGCAUAUCCGCAUACACGAUGUCAUCGAGUUAGCACAGCUCAACAGCAUUGAUCUCAAUGGCAACAAAGAUUCCUGCAUGUAGCAGCUCCAUCA